GCGGAACUGUUCUCUUAGUUCUCUUUACGUCAUUUCCGGAGUAACGCCCGACUCCAUUUUACACGAAAACAGUCUUUGGGGAAGAUAAAUUGAUCGGGUCGACAAAGUGCACCCAGUUGCCUCUGCCACAUUCAUCUUAUUGAAGGUACCAAUUCUAUGUCACUGAGUGCAGAAACAGCCUGGAGAGGAAUAUGAAGGAAACAUUUACAGUUUGCCACCUGUCAUGAAUCAGUUCUGAUGAGGGAAAGCAUACCUGGCCUUGUGCAGGAACCUUUGCUGUGGUCGAUAAUCCCAUCUCAAAGAUUAAAGCUGCUUUAGUAUGAAACAUGGACCAGGGUACAGUUGACAUCCCCGUUACUCUUGUCAUCAAGGCACCCAACCAGAAAUAUGAUGACCAGACCAUCAAUUGUUUUUUGAACUGGACUGUAGAGAAAUUGAAAAAACACAUCUCCAAAGUUUAUCCUAGCAAGCCGUCAUCUAAGGACCAGAGACUUGUCUAUUCUGGACGGCUUCUCCAGGAUCACUUCCAGUUAAGAGAUGUGCUAAGAAAGCAAGAUGAAUACCACAUGGUCCACCUCGUGUGUGCUUCUCGAACCCCACCUUCAUCUCCCACUCCCAGGAGCCCUGUGACCCCCACUAAUUCGAGAUCUUCAAUUUCAGACAGUGCUGGUGCGUCAUCUUCAGCAUCAACUCCCAGUCAAGAUGGCCCAGCUAGCUCAGGAGGCCCUGACGGUCUCCGGCACCGAGGGAACCCAGCAAACACGCUUGGUUUAAAUCCGGCCCCUCCUGGUGUCAUGCAGAGGCCUGAAGGAAUUCCUCUUCCCAUGCAAGGCGGUGCCCCUGCUGGCUUUCCUGUCCACCCGAUGUACAUGCCAAUGCAAAUGUUUUGGUGGCAGCAGAUGUAUGCUCGCCAUUAUUAUGUGCAAUAUCAAGCAGCCAUGGCAGCGUCCCAGGCCUCCAGCACGGCCCCGCUUUCUGCUUCCAGCGCGGGCCCCCCGACUCAACCAGCUCAGCCUAACCAACCUGCAGCCCCUAUGGGGCCAAAUCCUGCCGCUGAGGAUCGCCCUGGCAACCCCAACAUCCAGCUGAACGCACAGGGAGGAGCCAUGUUGAACGAUGACGAGUUAAACCGGGACUGGCUGGACUGGAUGUACACAGUGUCACGUGCCGCCAUCCUGCUCAGCAUCGUAUACUUCUAUUCCUCUUUCGGCCGCUUUGUCAUGGUGAUCGGUGCCAUGCUGCUGGUUUAUCUGCACCAGGCAGGAUGGUUUCCCUUUAGAGCAGAGCAAGAGAAUCCAAGGGCUGGAGAAGGUCCACAAGAAGAGGCGGAUCAAAAUCAUGAUAUGCAGGAGAUGGAACGAAUGAUGGACGAGGGGAUGGAAGACGAUGAGGGGGACAGUGGAGAGGAAGGUCCGGAAGAUCCCAUAAACGGUGGGCCGCAUCAGCCGGGCUUCCUGUCGGCAGCAUGGUCUUUCAUCAGCACUUUCUUCACCUCUCUCAUCCCUGAGGGACCUCAACGUGCUGCUAACUGAACUCAGACCUCUCCACAUAGUUGUUGCACAUUUGAGAAAGCAAAAACAAAAAUAGACAAUAGACUGCAGAAAAAAAAUGAUAAUAAAAAGUACGUAAUGAUCUGCCAUGUUUUGGCAAGUCUUCAAUGCUGCUUCAGUGGUAUUAAAAUUUCCCCCACAUGCCAUUGCCUAAUGCUUUUCUUCCCGUCUUUUAAGACGGGUUGAGAUUUCAUGGAUGUGCAGUCCAUGUUGUUACGGAAGACUUUUGUUUCUGAUCUGAUCAAAGAACACUCGAGACCAUAAGACCUGGUGAACCAUGGAUUUACUUAGUUCAAAACAAUUUCUUCUCCUCCUUGUGUGUAAAUAAAUAGUAAAUAUUUACAGAUAUGAAUAUAUGCAUCUCAUUGAAACAAGGUGUGUUUUUGAAUAAAAUCAGGUUUUGGUUC